AUGGUCUGGCUGGGGCCCCUUUUCCUGCUCCCCAUUCUCUUCCUGGCUUCCUGUGUUGGCGCGGCGGCUGACCUGACGCUGCUGGCCAACCUGCGCUUCACCGACCCCCAGCGUUUCUUCCUGACCUGCGUGUCCGGGGAGCCCGGGGCGGGGAGGGGCUCGGACGCCUGGGGCCCGGCCCUGCUGCUGGAGAAGGACAACCGCAUCGUGCGCACCCUCCCGCCCGGCCAGCCCCUGCACCUGGCGCGCAACGGCUCGCACCAGGUCACGCUGCGCGGCUUCUCCAAGCCCUCGGACCUGGUGGGCGUCUUCUCCUGCCUGGGCGGCGCCGGGGCGCGGCGCACGCGCGUCGUCUACGUGCACAACAGCCCGGGAGCCCACCUGCUCCCGGACAAGGUCACGCACACAGUGAACAGAGGCGACACGGCUGUGCUUUCCGCACACGUGCACAAGGAGAAGCAGGCAGAUGUGAUCUGGAAGAGGAACGGUUCCUACAUCCAAACCCUGGACUGGAAGGAGGCGCAGGAAAGACAGUUCCUGCUGCGGCUCCCAAAUGUGCAGCCACUAUCAAGCGGCAUCUACAGUGCAACCUACCUGGAAGCCAGCCCCCUAGGCAGCGCCUUCUUUCGGCUCAUCGUGCGGGGCUGUGGGGCUGGGCACUGGGGACCAGGCUGUGCCAAGGAAUGCCCAGGCUGCCUGCAUGGAGGUGUCUGCCAUGACCAUGACGGCGAGUGUGUGUGCCCCCCUGGGUUCACUGGCACCCGCUGUGAGCAGGCCUGCAGAGAGGGCCGUUUUGGGCAGAGCUGCCAGGAACAGUGCCCAGGCACAUCAGGCUGCCGGGGCCUCACCUUCUGCCUUCCAGACCCCUACGGCUGUUCUUGUGGAUCUGGCUGGAAAGGAAGCCAGUGCCAGGAAGCCUGUGCCCCUGGUCACUUUGGGGCUGAUUGCCGCCUCCAGUGCCAGUGUCAGAAUGGCGGCACUUGUGACCGGUUCAGCGGCUGUGUCUGCCCCUCUGGAUGGCAUGGAGUGCACUGCGAGAAGUCAGACCGGAUCCCCCAGAUCCUCAACGUGGCCUCAGAACUGGAGUUCAACUUAGAGACGAUGCCCCGGAUCAACUGUGCAGCCGCAGGGAACCCCUUCCCAGUACGGGGCAGCAUGGAGCUACGCAAGCCAGACGGCACCGUGCUCCUGUCCACCAAGGCCAUUGUGGAGCCAGAUAGGACCACAGCUGAAUUCGAGGUGCCCCGCUUGGCUCUUGGAGACAGUGGGUUCUGGGAGUGUCGUGUGUCCACAUCUGGUGGCCAAGACAGCUGGUGCUUCAAGGUCAAUGUCAAAGUGCCCCCAGUGCCCCUGACUGCACCGCGGCUCCUGGCCAGGCAGAGCCGCCAGCUUGUGGUCUCCCCGCUGGUCUCAUUCUCUGGGGAUGGACCCAUCUCCUCUGUCCGCCUGCACUACCGGCCCCAGGACAGCACUGUGGCCUGGUCCACCAUUGUGGUGGACCCCAGUGAGAAUGUGACCUUAAUGAACCUGAGGCCGAAGACAGGAUACAGUGUCCGUGUGCAGCUGAGCCGGCCAGGGGAAGGGGGAGAGGGGGCCUGUGGGCCUCCCACCCUCAUGACCACAGACUGUCCUGAGCCCUUGUUGCAGCCAUGGCUGGAGGGCUGGCAUGUGGAGGGCCCUGACCGGCUGCGAGUGAGCUGGUCCUUACCCUCGGUGCCUGGGCCACUGGUGGGCGACGGUUUCUUGCUGCGCCUGUGGGACGGGGCGCGGGGGCAGGAGCGGCGGGAGAACGUCUCGUCCCCCCAGGCCCGCACCACCGUCCUGACUGGACUCACACCUGGCACCCACUACCAGCUGGAUGUGCGGCUCUACCACUGCACCCUCCUAGGCCCUGCCUCAUCCCCUGCACGCGUGCUUCUGCCCCCCAGCGGGGAAGAAGUGGGUGGCAGGGUGCCUCCCAUUCUGGGGUGUCCAGAGCANAUUCAGCUGAUGUGGCAGCGCCCAGAGGCGCCAUCUGGGCCUAUAUCCAAGUACAUCGUGGAGGUGCAGGUGGCUGGGGGCUCAGGAGACCCACUGUGGAUGGACGUGGACAGGCCCGAGGAGACAAGCACCAUCGUCCGUGGCCUCAAUGCCAGCACACGCUACCUCUUCCGUGUGCGGGCCAGCAUCCAGGGUCUCGGUGACUGGAGCAACACAGUAGAACAGUCCACCCUGGGCAACGGGCUGCAGAGCGUGGGCCCAGUCCAAGAGAGUCGGGCGGCUGAAGAGGGCCUGGAUCAGCAGCUGAUCCUGGCUGUGGUGGGCUCUGCAUCUGCCACGUGCCUCACCAUCCUGGCCGCCCUCUUAACCCUGGUGUGCAUCCGCAGAAGCUGCCUGCAUCGGAGACGCACCUUCACCUACCAGUCAGGAUCGGGCGAGGAGACCAUCCUACAGUUCAGCUCAGGGACCUUGACGCUGACCAGGAGGCCAAAACCACAGCCCGAGCCCCUGAGUUACCCAGUGCUGGAGUGGGAGGACAUCACCUUUGAAGACCUUAUCGGGGAGGGCAACUUCGGCCAGGUCAUCCGGGCCAUGAUCAAGAAAGAUGGGCUCAAGAUGAAUGCAGCCAUCAAGAUGCUGAAAGAGUAUGCCUCUGAAAAUGACCAUCGUGACUUUGCGGGAGAACUGGAAGUUCUGUGCAAAUUGGGACAUCACCCCAACAUCAUCAACCUCCUGGGGGCCUGUGAGAACCGAGGUUACUUGUAUAUCGCUAUUGAAUAUGCCCCCUAUGGGAACCUGCUAGAUUUUCUGCGGAAGAGCAGGGUCCUGGAGACUGACCCAGCUUUUGCCCGAGAGCAUGGAACGGCCUCCACCCUCAGCUCCCGGCAGCUGCUGCGUUUUGCCAGUGACGCCGCCAAUGGCAUGCAGUACCUGAGUGAGAAGCAGUUCAUCCACAGGGACCUGGCUGCCCGAAACGUGCUGGUCGGAGAGAACCUGGCCUCCAAGAUCGCAGACUUUGGGCUUUCUCGGGGGGAGGAGGUUUAUGUGAAGAAGACGAUGGGGCGUCUCCCAGUGCGCUGGAUGGCCAUCGAGUCUCUGAACUACAGUGUCUAUACCACCAAGAGUGACGUCUGGUCCUUUGGGGUCCUCCUCUGGGAGAUAGUGAGCCUUGGAGGCACACCCUACUGUGGCAUGACCUGUGCUGAGCUCUAUGAGAAGCUGCCGCAGGGCUACCGCAUGGAGCAGCCUCGAAACUGUGAUGAUGAAGUGUACGAGCUGAUGCGUCAGUGCUGGCGGGACCGUCCAUACGAGCGACCCCCCUUUGCCCAGAUCGCACUGCAGCUGGGCCGCAUGCUGGAAGCUAGGAAGGCCUAUGUGAACAUGUCGCUGUUUGAGAACUUCACUUACGCGGGCAUUGAUGCCACAGCAGAGGAGGCCUGAGCCACCAUCCACUGGAACCUGACUCUGCUGGCCGGAGCACACUCUGCUCUCCAAUCUGUGACUCUGACCCUUACAGCCUCUGACUUUAGCUGCCACCAGGAAUUUUUUUAACUUAUGAAGAAAUGAGGGGAUUCCAGGGAUGGAGCGGGCUCAGGGUCUGCAUCCUCUGCAGCUGCUCAUAGCUCCCUUUACACCCUUCACCUCCUCCCUUCUAGUUCAGCUGCUGCAUGUGUGCCCCUCACUCUGCUGCUCCCCACACGCAAACCCCUACGCCAGCCCCUCCACCAAGCCAGCCCCACUCACACCCUGCAGCAUGCCCUGUUCAGCUACUUCUACUCCCUGCCUUGUAUUCAAAAAAUAAUAAUAAAUGCUCUGAGAAGCUC